AUGGACCAAGGUUUAUUACAAUCUCUUCUCAGAGCGGUCUCUGAUUGUGUUGAUAAGAAACUCGAUCAUUUUACUCAAACGGUCAGUAAGCCAUCUUCCCGAGCAGAGAGACAAACUGAACAGGCUAAGAAACGCUUUGAUAAAGGCAGUUCAAACCGAGGAAAUCCAGACUCUAAUUCUCGGUCUGAUUUUGAAUCUGUUCACGGGGGUCCCGUUUUAAGUAUUGGAGAUUCCUCUGAAAGCCUCGCUGCAGUUUCAAAUGCAGAUAAUUCCUCAGACGUACUUUCAAAUUCUCAGAACACUCAUAUUCGAGAGACUGAUUGGGAUAGCUUUGUACGUAAAAUGGCACUGGUUCUUAACAUUGAUUGUGGUGAGUGUCAGAAAGGCGAGGAGCAUAAGUCCUAUAUUACUGGUAGACUCUUAGACACGUCUCACACCAAGUCGGCUAGAUUCCUUCUCCCUCUAGAGGGCUCUGUUCUUGAUGCCCUGCAUGAUGUAGAUGCAGAGGUUGGAAAGAGAAAGGUUCGUAUAUACAAAGCCGCAGAUGACUCUCGGUACAAGGUUUCUACCGAUCAUUUUAAGAAGUUCUGUUGUAUCCCUCAUUUAGAUGAAAAUAUUGCAGAAGAGUUGUCUUCCCAAUCAGCCACUAAGUCAGGUCUUACACCUCAUGGUCAAGGAAAGAGAGUUAAAUUACAAAAUUAA